AUGUCUUCUACGCUCAAAAAUGUUAUCAUAGUUGGGGCAGGCGGUAACUUGGGGAUCUCGAUCCUCGCUACUUUCGACGCCGACCCCAACUUCAAUGUUUCUAUCCUCUCUCGCAAGUCCUCUAAAUCCGUCUUCCCAGCUCAUCUAGUCGUUCACCGGGUCAGUGACGAGUAUCCAGAAGAUGAACUUCUGGAAGCUUUGAAAGGACAAGAUGUAGUCAUUUCAACUAUAGCAACAACUGCUGCUGAUGUGCAGCAAAAGACGAUCAUAGAUGCAGCUAUCAAAGCCGGUGUGAAACGCUUUGUACCAUCUGAGUUUGGAAGUGACACGAGAAAUGAAGAGGCUAUGAAAAUCAUCCCGCAGUAUUUUAAGCGUAAGCUGGACACGGUGGAAUAUUUGAGGGGGAAAGAAAAGGAAGGAUUGACUUGGUCUGCAUUUGUCACUGGUCCAUUCUUUGAAUUAGCUGUGAAACUCUUCAUGGGCUUCGACUUGAGAGAACACAAAGCUAUCAUCUACAACGAAGGUAAAGAUGCCUAUUCAACCACAACAAUUGCCUCCAUCGGGACGGCUCUCAAAAACGCACUACUCCAUCCAGAGGAAACUGCGAAUAAGCAUCUCUUCAUCUCCAGUUUUCAUGUUUCGCAAAACCAGAUUCUCGCUUCUCUUGAAAAAGCGACGGAUAAAAAGUGGGAUGUUACAUAUGUUGAUGCGGAAGAGCAGAAGAAGAUUGGAAUGGAGAAGAUGGAAAGGGGAGAUUUCAGUGGUGCGAUGGGGUUGAUUAGAUAUAUCAAUUCUGUAAAGGGACAUGGUGGGGAUUAUGCCGAGUAUGAGGAUAUGUCGAAUGAGUUGCUGGGGGUGCAGGGAGAGGAUUUGGAUAACAUUGUGAGGGGAAUUGUGGAGGGUUGA